AACCGAUUCGCUCCAGCUGUGUGUGACAAUCUCCUCUCGAUUGCAGGUGAACAGAUCAGACAAGCCCUGGUUGAGGACUUCAUUCCUAUCUUUGAGCAAUUUGCGUGGGAAGUUGUCCGGACCAGGAGCUCAGUGGCGCUUUGAAAUGGAUAUUUGGUCAUAGAUCCCCAAGUCCGUGGGGCUUACGGGUUCACCGUCCAGGGUUCUGAUUUAUAUGCAGGCUCCAGGUGAGAGGCAGUGAGUGGCCUCUAGAAAUGUUUGACGCAAUCGGCACUCCUUAUUCAAAAUCGUCACGCGCCUUUGAUCGUUGAUCUUUUCAGUAAAUCAUUCAAAUCGAAUUCAUCUGGUUCUUUGCUCCUCUCAUUUGGAUUGUGUUGGAAAUUUUCCAAAUGUAUGUUUGGAGGCCUUUCCUCCUAAAAUAACCGCAACUUUGUGCGGUGUCGACUACCUGGCGAACCUGUGGGAUGUUCCCAGACUUACGAGACGACGUUCGUUUCGAUACUUUCUUUGGUGACUCAAAAACUCCACAAUUCCCUUUUUGACCUAAUUUUUUACUACUUGCAACUACCGCAUUCUGUGGAUUUUUUGUGGUAGACUCGGCUUAUCCUUUGCUUGUCGAUCUUCCUAAACCACACGCGUCGACUAUCCGUACAGUUUCAUUUCUCUUACAGGAGACCAGUAAUACGAAUGACGAGCGUGUUAGUGAUAUUUUCUUGGAUUAUGAAUCCAACUUGACACAAGCCAUCAAGCGGUGCAAAGAGAACUAUGACUUUGACUUCAUGAAUCAAUUGCAACCCCAGUGUUGCACUGAACCUUACAUGCUUGGUAUUGAUGAAGCAGGUCGCGGUCCUGUUUUGGGUCCAAUGGUGUAUGCAUGUGCGCUUUCACCGAUAUCCAAGUCCGACGACCUCAAGGUGCUUGGUCUUGCAGAUUCAAAAACAUUGACUGAACAUCAAAGAGAAUCAUUAUUAGCACGAAUGCUACAGCACACCGAUUGGCUUGUCGGGGCCGUACGAGUUAUCAGUCCGCGUUUCAUAACGGAGAAGAUGCUUGGCCGCUGUAAAACUAGCUUGAACGUGAUUUCUCAUGAUGCGGCAAUCGGACUUAUCCGGGCUGCCCUGGACAAAGGAGUCAAUGUCAAAGAGGUAUACGUGGACACUGUCGGUAAAGCUGAACUCUACGAAGCCAAACUACAAGCGCUUUUUCCAGAACUGAAGAUAUGCGUGGAGAGCAAGGCGGAUGAUACCUAUGCUAUUGUCAGUGCAGCCAGUAUAUUUGCCAAGACUUUAAUGGUUGACAUGGAUAGCCGGACGAACUUUACUUGUCGUAUGAUUGAGGAACAUCCAGUGGCGAAAUUCAGUGUUACCUUUGAAGUGAUUUGCACAUACACCAUCCCAUUCUGUUUGGUGCUGGUUCUUAACGCACUAAUUGGAUUCCGGCUUUGGCAGUUAAAACAUGAGCGGAAACAUCUAUUCCCCAAAGAUUACAAAAACGAUAGAAUGGAAAUGGGUCGUGUCAUGGGACACUUAGCACUCACUACCGCCUUCUUGCUGCUUUAUAUGCCUGUGGUGUGUAUGGUUUUGAUUCGACUUAAUGUUACGCUGAUCCGCCUGGACAGACACAGUCCGCAUGCGUUGCGAAUUAUUGAUCUGUCACGUCUGUUCUCUUCGGUGAAGGAUAUCACGUACGCGGUAAAUUUUCCACUCUAUUUGAUUUUCUUGCGGAACUUCAGACAUCGUUUUGUGCUCAUGUUUUGUCCCUGUCGUCCAUCUCGACGACCAAACAUGAGUAAUCAGAGGAACCCACGUGACCUUCCAAAUCCUGUGCCUAUCACAUAUCGAGCGGAAUGA